AUGGGCUGGUAUUCUUUUUACCGAUUGCGCAAUGAGGACCAUGAUUGUGAAGUUGCAUUAACCUCGAGUACUUCAAGUGACUCAAAUGUGGAACCCAUCAUUGCCGAACCCAAAGUUAAACCGGACGAGCCGAUUAAGGAUAGCCCAAAAGUUCCCACUCCCCCUUCACCCGGAGACAUUCCAUCCAAAUGCAACAUGGAAGACGAAAAACCACCGGAAGACACUGCUGCUACCUCUGCCGCUGCUGUGGUGGUAGCUAAUGUGAAUGGAAUCAGCAAACCGGAGCCCCCACCCUUGUUGGCCGAAACAGAGCCAUCAGCUCCGAUGGAUUCAUCCACUUCUGCUAAAUCUCUUGAGCCCUCAGAAUCCCCGAAACCAGAGGAUAACACUCACGAAGCUUCUGUCCGAUCACAUAGUCCCCUGCCUCGACCGAUUUCUUCCCGAUCCCCAACUCCUCCCCCGGCCCCACCACCACGAGCUACAGAUAUGCCAGCAAAGCAGCCGAUCGCUCAAGCGCCUCCGGAGGAACAUGUAAUAACCGGAAGAGGCACACGUAUUGUUACCAUUCGUAAACGAACCCCCGCAGAAAAUGCAGUUAUCCCCGAAGGUGAAUCUACCACCACAACUCCAAUUCCUCCCACUCCUGUCGUCUCCAGUCCUUCCGCCGUUCCCGUUCCCACGGAUGCUUCCCCUGCAGUGAGUACUGCAUCGUUGAAUCGACCAGAACACACCCGCUCUCCCUCUCCCCUGAGCGGUGACGAUUAUCCUGGCAGUAGACGAGUAUCUUUCGUCAUGGCCCCGACGAAAUCUGGCGAGACGGAAACUCAGCGUAGCGUCAAAGCCCGCUAUGUCCGAUCGACUCGCCGCUCCACUCAGGGUGUUUCAGCCGAGGAAGUGGAGAAAGCCAAACGUUUGAUUGAUCAUAACAACAGUGCAGCUCCGGCCAGCACCACAACUUCACAGUCAGUCAGUCAGCUAUCAGCACCAGCUUCUCAGUCGCUACCGUCUGGCGAGGCGAUCUCUGAUACUUCGUUACGGCCGAGAUUGGAUCGGCCCACUGUGCAUAUCACCCGAUCGGUACCGCCCGCGCGAAACGCGGCAGCCCAGUCGCCAGCUGAAUCGGAUGCGGAUUCAAGACGACGACGACGACCGAAUGCCGAUGAGACCUCGUCCGGUUACGCAACGGACGACGCUUCUCGGAGCUAUCGUGGAUAUCGUCAGUCGGGAGCUGAUGACCGCGUAAACUCCACCUCCGAAGCUAACCCUUCCUCAGACAGUACCUAUUUCCCGUUCCGUGGUCUUUCCACACGGCUUCCUAGCAUGGAAGAAGGUGUGUUACCGAUUAUUAUUAUUAUUGUUUUCAUUGCAUCUAGCGAUCUGAUUCUCGGAACACAAGCAGCACAGACUCCCAAUCCAAAGCACCUCNUCCGCGAUCGACUUUUGGAAGCCACCGAGAAUCUGGAACGAGAACACUCUCUGAGUAAACGACGAGCCCAACGUCAGAGUGCCCCUAGUCCAACCACCCCACCAUGUACCUCACCAAACUCCCUCAGUACCAAUGCGAAUUCGUCCGGGACCGGCAACAGCGAUGCAACAGCGAAACCAGUGGUAUCACGAUACGGCAAUUCCUCCGCUGCCACAACGGAUUCACGUUCCGGAUACCGGUCCGAUCGUUACCAAGAUAAUUCCGACUACCGCCGUCUGUACGAGCAGGAAAAAUCUGUCCGGGAACGUCUCCAGCGACAAUUGGAUGACACGUUACGAGAACUGUCUCGUGUUCGCAUCCAGCUGGCCAAUCUUACACAAGUGGACACAAAUAACACGACAACCAGCAACAACACAUCACACGCUACAACAGAGCGAGUCCCAGUACCCUACGCUCAUAUCCAAUUGCAUAAUCGAUUGCUCGAACGCGAAGAUAAGCUUAAGGAGUUAAACCGACUGCGCGAGGAGAACAUGAAAAUGAAGGAGGAGAACGGAGCUUUAAUUCGCGUGAUCAGUAAACUAUCGCGGCCGAUAUGA